CCGGCGCAGCGAGACCACCCAGCAAUAAAUAGCAGCAGCGGAUCCUCCUCCGCCUUCUCCAGCCCAAAAACCCCUCCGCCUUCCAGACUUCGUCCAAGCCCUCUCUCUGUCCGCCCGCGACUCCCUCACCGAAUCACGGUCCACCGCCCGCGCCUGAUCGAGGCGUACGCAUUGCGCCCGCUUCUUCUUCGUCCCAGGGUACGGGAACGAUGACGGGGUAUCCGGUCCUGGACGGCCUCAUGGAGGUGUUCCCACUGGUUAACUUCUCAACACUGAUAGAAGUUUCCAUACAAUUUAAAGAUGACAUCGAUGCUGCUGCAGAUUAUGUUAUCCAGAAUAUCCUCCCAAAUAUUGUCCCAGAUCCCGGUCAUCCAAACACAAAUGAAGAUUUAUAUAUCCGUGGACUUCAGCUGGCAUUGGAUGACACAAGCACUCACUUAGGACUUCAUCCAGUGGAUAACGAUGCAAACUCAAAUUCUGUACAGUUUGACCCAACCAAUAAAAUUAUAGUUGAAAAUGAAGAUAGCCUCGUGGUAGAACAAUUGAACAAAUCGCCCAGUGGUUUAUGCUCUGAAGUUUUUGAUGUUCCAUCAACAUCUGGCCAGGAUUGCGUAUCUGAAGGAUUCAGUUCUGAUUCUCUGCUAGAUGGUUCUCAGCUGCAACACUCUUCUGAGAAAAACCCUGAAAUUUCAGCUUCUGAAGGUGAUAUGUCACUGCACGAUGAUGGUUUACCAGAUGUGACCAUACGAUCAAGCUAUUCUGUUAACCUUGAGUCCCUCGAUGAUAUCAUUGCUGAUGAAAAUGACAAAAAGAUUACUUUGCUGUCAAAUGUGGCUGCAAUAAGCGAAAUGCUACAGGAGGUAGAGCUAAAUGAAGAAAAAACAAAACGUGCUAUAUCAGAAGCAAGCCAAGCUGGAAAUGAUAUUCUUGUAAAGGUGGAGAAACUGAAAGAGAUGACAACUCUUGCAGUGGAUGAUAACAAGAAGGUGGCAGGGGAGAUUUUUGCUGAAAAAUCUAUUCUAGCAACAGAAGUACAAGAGCUUCAAACUCGGUUGCUUAACAUUUCCGAAGAAACUAAAAACUUUGUGUUGAUGAUUGAUGAGAUGCACAACACUCUUCAAAGAAGACUUGCUUCAGCAGAAGUGGAAAGAGCAGCUGCUGAGAAGGCAAAACUUGAAAGUGAAGCAUUGGCUCAGAAAACUCUAAAAGAACAGGAACUUUCACUCGAAGCUGCAAAGAAAGAGUCCAAAAGGCUGGAGCAGCAAGCACAUGAAAAUACAAAGCUGAGAGAUUUACUGAUGGACCGAGGCCAUGUUGUGGAUGCAUUGCAUGGGGAAAUGCUUGGAAUCUUUGACAGCAUAACACAGCUCAAGCUAAGAGUAGAUACACAACUUCCCGUUGAUGAACCAUUGCAACAAGUUUCACCGAGCUUGCCUAGCUCGGCUGUUGAUGACCCACUGCAACAAGUUUCAUCGAUCUUGUCUAGCUCGGCUGUUGACGGCUCACUGCAACGAGUUUCAUCGAUCUUGUCUAGCUCGGUUGUUGAUAAACCACUGCAACAAUUUUCAUCGCGCUUGUCUAGCUCGGUGAGGUCAGCAAGUUCCAAGCGCAGUUCAGUCGAUUCAUUAGCAUCCAAAAGCACCUGGUCAUCUGUUGCAGAAUCAAAUGCAAGUUUGAAGGAUGAUGAGAUGUUUGCUGAUGUUUCUGGUGGCAAUUUUGGUUUGGACGACAGCUGGGAUGUAGUCAACGAUGUAGAUGAAGUCUCGUCCCCAACUAGCCCUCUCUACACGAACCCUAUGCUGCUCUAGAUUUACUAGCCAUUAUCCAUGGUUCGCUGGUCUGUUCAGCAAGAAAAAAUAGCAGUUGUGUCUUCAGUCAUAACUUUCUCGAGAUUUAUACUUGUUUCCGAACUGGUUUCUUGUUAGGGUCUUCUAUGAAGUCGUAAAUUGUAAUGUUUAUAUCGGUCUUGGGAACGAGGCGAUGGAGAGUCGAAAGACCAGAUAUCAAGCUUUUGGCUGCAGUAGUUCCGCUACAGUUUUUUCUUGCUGUGGUGAUAUGUCGAUGCCGUUUGCCCGUUUGCUUGCUUGUUGCUGCCAACUUGUUUGCUCAUUCUUGUUUCAUUGUGUUGGCCUUGUUUCAUUUUGAAAAUAAGCCCUAUUUGAAUU